AUGAAGUACCAUAUGAGGUUAAAGUGUCAAACGUUAGCAGUACUGUGUUAUGCUGUUGCAGUGAUAGCUGAUCAGGAAUAUGACAAUAAACUAACGAAACUUUGGUCAAUGUCCAGUGCUUCGAAUAGUGAUGGUUCAGCUGUUUUGAAUGUAACCAGUGCUUCGAUCGUCAUACCUUCGAGUUACAACAGUGACCCAGUUAUCGCUAGAACAUCAAGAGCAUCACAGAAUUUUAAACCAUACGUGUUUCGACCCCGUGCGAUACCUUUGAAGGCGAUCGAAAAGCCACCGCAGGAAAAGAGUGUAUAUUAUACACCGGAUAAUAAAUACAAAACUGAGAUACUUCUCCCUGGUAAUUACUUCGCAAUUCCCAAAGAGAAAAGUAUUGACGAAACACAGCGUUCCGCGUACAAUCCCUCAAGGAGUGAACCGUUCGAACCGAAAGCGAUACCUUUGUUAAGGGGCCAGGGUUUUGAGAAGAGAUCAUUGGAUGUAAAUAUAGAACCGAUUGUAGAAAAUUCUGAUGAGAACUCGGAACAUGAAGCGUCAAGGAGAUCGUUGUCAUAUAUCUUAGGAGCUGAAGAUGAUGAAUCCAGUGAAGAUGAAGAUGGAGAAUACGAAGAAGAAGACGAUAUAGCACUUCAAAAAGAAGGUGACUACGAAUCGAAAAACAAGAUCAAGCAUAAGAUAAAGCAUAGAAUUAAGAAAGCGAAGAAAUACUCAAAAUACAUGUUGCCCUUACUUCUCGCGUACAAGCUAAAAUAUUUCGCUUUGAUACCAGUGAUGAUAGGCGGUUUGAUCCUCUUAGUGGGAGCGACAGGUCUUGCUGGAUUCUUCUUUGCGUUGUUCGCGGCGGUUAUGGGCUUGCAAAAGGGGGGAUAUUAA